CGUCACGGUCAGGAUGUCGCCCACCAGCCCGACGCCCCACCGCCUAUAUAGCCCUUCCGCAUCCGCGUCCCUGCCCCCAUAUAAACACCACCGCCCGCCAUGUCUGCCCAAGACUUCCCCGCACCGACCCCAUCGAGCGAACACAGCGUAUACUUCGACGCACCCAUCAUGCACUUCUUCUCUCGCAACAAGGACGACAAACCAUCCGACGAGCCCACACAGGCUGCGGACACAAACGUCUCGCAAACAAACGUCCCGCAACAGGAUGCUGAUCGCCAGCCGUCGGUGGCGAUUGCCCCUGACCCGGUCGUGAAUCGUUACCACGAGAACCUCCACGAAGACGAGGAGCAGCGGAACGACGACCAGAAGCCGACGGGGGCUAAGCUGUCUGCCAUCUCCACGGGCACCGACAAGCGUGCGAGCAGCCCGCCGUCGGACUCGGGCUAUGGCUCGUCCUCGCCCCCAACGACGACGCGCCCGCCCGAGCGCUCUGCCUCCCGCGCUUCGCGCUCCAGCCUCAAGCCCGUCCCCGUCGUGUGGAAGAACGGGCAACCCGACGCCGCAGGGCACCCCGACACCGACGAGGACACAUACGGCGACUCGGGGCUCGACCGCCGUGCUCGCCGCGCGGCCUCCAUGCGCUCAUUCCGCACGUCUACCACCCGUCGUGAUCGUGACGGCUAUGACCAGGAGAGCAUCCGGAGCGGGGCUGCCUCGCGCUAUUCCGAGCGCCGCCGCCGUGUCAGCUUGAGUGGGGGUAGCUUCUCCGGUGGCGCAGGCACCAUCGGUCCGGGAACGACUCCCGGUCGAGACGACACCGAGUCGUUCUUGGCAAGAGCAAGGACCGCCGAAGCAGAGCUCACACCCAAGCAAAAGUCCAAGAUCGAGAAGUCGUCAGCUAAGGAAGGUAAACGCCUCUCCAAAGUACUCAAGUCUGAGGCCAAGGCGGAAGCCAAAGCGAUCGAGCAGGCAAUCCGUGAGCUCGCCGACAUCCAGAAGAUGCAGAAGGCCUCCCUGAAAGAGGAGAGCCGCGCGGUCGCGACGCACGCAAAGGCGCUGCGCACUUUCCACAAGGAGGAGCAGGAGUACCUCGCUGCACGCGCGCGAUACGAGAAGGCGCAGGCUGAGCUCGGAGCGGUGGAGGACGGAAGGGAUGCGGCGCGUGAACAUGCGCGGGAGAUUACGGAUAUGAUGCAGGAGAAGAGCAGGGAGAUCGACUGGUUGAGGGCGCAGAAGGCUGCAGACGACCGUGAACGGCAGGCGAAGCUCGUUCAAUUGACGGGCAAGUCAUAGUGGGAAUAUCCCUAGUGUUCCAAAUUUGCCUCGAAGUCAGCACGUAUUUCAUCAUAUCAGCGGAUACCCAUCAUUUGCUUUUGGAUCUAUAGCAUGUAUACUGUAUCUUGUCAAUGACCGGUUCCAAUUAUCGAAACUGAGUCAUUUUGAAUAAAGCCUGUGGUGACUAUUAGUAUGCUCAAGUCUCGCG